UUUGCAGCAUGUCCCUGUACUGUAUCGUCGAGUUUAUAGACGAGAUUCAUAAUGGCAAAGCUGUGGUGGAUAUAAUUCCAACUUGUUGGAUGACCGAAGACGACAGUGAGUGUUUCUGGCCAUCAGGCCAUAAUGUAACCAAGGCUGUGAAGGACCGACACAAGCCAGAGGAAUCGUGGCCGAAAUACUCCAUCAGAGUACUUGGACGGGCAGACACUUUCGAGGCUGCUCGCCAAAAAUGUAAAAAAGCGGAGGCAACGUCUGACUUACAGACAGAUGUUGAUGAAAUGGCUGCAAGGCGAAAAAGGAGAGCACCAAAACCCCUGCUGGCUUCCAGUGACGACGAAACGGACAUCGAGGGAGAUGUGUUGCCACCUACCCCUCCCGAGGCGUUUGUGUCUAAGAAAGUGUGGAGUGCAGGUGAAGCCCGGACAAAAAACAGGAGGACCAUCCGCAGCCCUCGCGUAUCCCAGAGGAGAAGCCGCAGUCCUCAUGUGUCCCAGAGGGGACUCAGCAGACCUCAUUUGUCCCAGAGAGGAAGCCACAGCCCUCAUGCGUCACAGAGGGCACUCAGCAGCCCUCAUCUGUCCCAGAGGGGAAGCCGCAGCCCUCGUGUUUCCGAGUGGCGGAGAAGGUGCCAGAGGAGCAGGUCCCAUGGAUCCCGCAGGGGAAGCAGCACCCAUGGUUCCGGGAGGCGGAGUGGAUCCCAGAGGAGCGGAUCCCGCAGGAGUAGUGGAUCCAGCAGGGGGAGCAGCCCCAACGAUUCUGGGAGGGUAACCAGGGGCAGCCCAGGAAGACAUAGUCUGACCCCAAGAAACCCCUGUGGGUCCCCCCGAAGUGGCCUCAGCAUGAGCGUACUUAAUGGCGGCCCCACCCCGUCUCCUGGCCACAGAGCAGCCCAGUUACUUCGUGGCCAAACUUUAGCCCCCCAAAAUAUUGACAGAGCAAUGUUCAUCAGAUUAGUGACAUUGCUUGAAGAAGUAAAAGACACACUGAAGAUGCAUGGGCAGAUGCUUAACGCACUGCUCCAAAAAGAUUCAAUCCCAGUCAUGACAAUACCUGAUGGCGCUGUUUUCCCCCUGACCAAUGUUGAGGACGUUGUCGCCAUGAAUGAGAAGUUGUCAGACCCUGAAUUCAUGUCUGCAGUAGUUACCAUGGUUGCAGACAUUGGGGGCUCAUCACUAGAGGACGCCACCAGGAGAAUGAUGAAGUUCAUUAUGGUACCAGAACUUCAACGGAAGUACAAUGUGACUGGACGGAUGGGGAAGCUGUGCUUCAAAGAUCUGCGUCUUUUUGAAGUAUUCUAUCGUGCACUGAAGAGUAAUGCAAUUACUCAAAGUGUGAACCGGAAGCAAGUAGAAAUGGCGCUGGGGAAGUGGUUCACCGGUGCACGUGACCGUGGAGGGGAGAGGGCUGCAAGAGCCCUAAGAGAAAAGGGAGCAUCCACCACACCAUGAGUUUA